AUUUUCAAACAGUUCAAUGCGUAUUGUAACUGUUUGGCAGCGUAUUUAACCGCGCCGCGCGACGUUGCCAGUCCGCGUUACAACUAGGAGGUCCAUCCAGUUUUCGGUCACAAAAAGCAAAUGGCAGCCACGAUGGCUCUUCAAAACGGCGAGGAGAAUGCUACACGAGAACUGAACCUUGUUAUUUGAGAUUCAGAGUCUACUUGGGGGGGCACCACUGAUCAGGAAGCUAUGCUGAAGGAACGGGAAAGUUCGGAGGACUCGCCGGCCGCCCCGGACGAGUGUGCGGGGUGCGGGGGACGAAUUCAGGACAGAUAUUACCUUCUUGCUGUGGACCGCCAGUGGCACGGGGCUUGUCUCCGCUGCUGCGAAUGCCGACUGCCCCUCGAUACGGAAUUGACAUGCUUCUCACGAGACGGAAAUAUCUAUUGCAAGGAAGACUACUAUAGACUGUUCUGCGUAAAGCGCUGCGCUCGCUGCGGCAACGGAAUCACGGCCAACGAGCUUGUGAUGAGGGCUCGCGAGAUGGUCUACCACCUGACCUGCUUCACCUGCGUGGCCUGUGGGACCCUGCUGUCUAAGGGUGACGUCUUUGGAAUGAGGGAUGGCCUCGUGUACUGCAGACCACAUUACGAUAACGCGUGCUUGGACGACUACUGCGAAGACGAUAUGAGUGUUUAUAGGUGCCAAGAAUUACACAGUGAAGGAGACUCCCCAUCUCAAUUCUACUCAGGAGGGCCGAGCCCCAAAGGUCGUCCUAGGAAGAGAAAAUUGGCUCAAGGGUCCAUAGAAGACAUGCAGGUCCAGACUAUGAGGAUGGCUAGCACCGCUCUUGAGAUUCUCCACCGCGGUGACCUGUCGUCCUCGAUGGAGUCUCUUGCCUACGAGUCUUCCGUUGCGUCUCCUGGCAGCGUGUCCAGCCACUCCCAGCGCACCAAGCGGAUGAGGACCAGCUUCAAGCACCAUCAGCUGAGGACCAUGAAGUCGUACUUUGCUAUCAACCAAAACCCCGAUGCUAAGGACUUGAAGCAGUUGGCGCAGAAAACUGGGCUGUCGAAAAGAGUGCUACAGGUGUGGUUCCAGAAUGCCCGAGCAAAAUGGCGUCGGAACAUCAUGCGCCAAGAGUCAAAUGGAAACCCUGGCCAUUCUACCAACGGGGCGAUCGUGUCCAAUGGGGUCCCGCCACCUAAUGUUGGUCCCAGCACUAUGCUGCUCUCCGAACCCAUGCCAAUAGACGACAUGAGGGUGAACACCCCCCACCCACACCCUAUGACUUUCAGCGAGCUUUACUGACAUCCAGACUUCAAUGGCGGGUUCAAACAGGAAUGCCCGUAAACCAGCUAGGAUCCAACGUUGUUGGAGCGAUGUUCAUCACACGCUUGUAAAUCGGAUGUAGUGUUUUGGAACAUUUGUGUUGGGUGAAAAGUUGGUGCAACGUGCAUUGGCCAAAUGGUCAAAUGUUAUGGUAAAAUUGGUUAAAUGGUAAUUUCAGAAAAAGGUUGACUUCUUCUCUACUCUAAAUUGAUAAACAAAAUGAGUGUGUGAACUGGUUUUGUAUUGGUUGAAAACCAAUUCGGCUAUACUCGUAUUCAUUUGUGUAACUGAAACAAUGUUUGUAAUCAUAUUUCUAAAAAAGUAUAUUCAAAGUAAUUUUAAAACUAAACGAUCACAAAAAAUAAGCAAUAUUAAAAAUCUGUAGCUAAGUUUGGACUUGUAAACCCCAUUUUUGUACGUAGGCCUACUUUCUAGAAAAAAAUAUUUCAUAUAAAUGUAAAUGGUCGUAACUAAUGGUUAAAGGUAAUGUUUUUUUUGCGUCACAAAAAGGACGCCAAAAACAAAAAUAAAAUUAACUCUCACAGUCAAAAUUAAAAACAAUUAAUAAGAAUUUUAAAGAUAUUGUUUCUAUCGAGGUUUAUUUUAUGGGACAAAGUGCAAUGGAGCAGAAGCAAAAAAACAAAAUUAUUAUUUUACCAAAAUACAGUUGUAAUUUAUAAAAUAGAAAUCAAUAUCUGAAAUAGACAUCUCUUUGUUCUUCAUUACUUCUAAUUAGGUUUGUUUUUUAAUAAGAUCCUUUUUAGUUCCUACGUUUAUGGCAUUUUUAGAUUAUGUUUAUUAUUAUGUUAUUUUAUUAUUAAAAUACUAAACUAUAACUUUGUUCUUAAU